AAUCAAUAAUUACCAUGGUUUCGCCAUUGGACGUGGCUGUCUGGAGACCUGAAUAAUGGUGACUGUUUCUUGAUUAUCAACAACACCAGAUGGGCAGGUGCAGGACCUUAUCUUUUCAGAGUAGAAAUCGGCAACAUGAUUGAUUACAGCUUCUUUCCUGGAACCCAGCUUCGUGUUUUGAAGUGAACAGCACAGGAUGAAGCCAUUCAGCCCAAGCAGAGUGUGUUGCCCGUUACUCUCCAGUGCUAAUGGCAUCAGAAUGGUCUUGGUGGCAAAGAAGAAUUAAAUUCAUUUUCUGGUAAAUACUGACAGUUCUCGCCCCAGCUAACACAAUAUUGGAAAGUCGACACUCCACACAAGAGCUUGCGAGGGAGAAGCUGACGAAAUACCUGGGAACGAACAAUGAUCGAGAAAUCUUACUUCCUGCUGUCACUUCUCCAAGCUGGACUGGUCCAAAACUGGAAAAUCAACAUUCCGCUUGAGAUGACAGCGCAAGAAGGUUCCUGUGCUCAGAUUCCAUGUAAUUACAGUUGUCCUUCACAUCUGGCAAGCCAAGCACGAAUUGGAAUCUGGUACCACGGGAAAGGUUCCAUAGCUUUCCAUUCCAAGCAUCAUGUGAAAACGUUGCAACGGUUCCGCAAUCGGACCUGGCUGUCUGGAGACCUGAAAGAUGGAGACUGUUCCCUGAUGAUAAACAACAUCAUGCGGGAAGAUGCAGGAUCUUAUCACUUGAGAAUAGAAUUUGACAAUGUAAAUAGUUACAGCUAUUUUUCUGCAACCAACCUUCACAUUUCUGAUUUCACAGAUAAACCCACGAUAUUCCCUGUGGAAAUUGUCGCGGGAAAGUGUAUGAACCUAACGUGUACCUUCAACACAACGUGCAAUGGAACACCUCCUGUCUUAACCUGGGACACUCCCACUGCUGUACCUGGAUCAGUCUCAAACACUGUAACUCAGCACGGAGUCACUCUGAUCUAUACUUCUGUUCUAAGCCUGAUCCCAUCACCCAGACACCAGGGACAAACUCUCAUCUGCAGAGUGAGUUAUCCAACUGUUUCAUCAGAGCAGACCUUCCCUCUGACAGUGCAAUAUCCACCACAGAAUCUCUCAGUUGUAUCCCUUAAUGUGAGGAAAGAUUCAUUAAUCAAUGUAAUUGAGGGGAAUUCCGCAGUGAUAAUCUGCUCUGUUGAGAGCUUCCCAGCUUCUAACCUGACGUGGAGACAUCUUAAUGUCACAAUGAACAGAACAAGUUCUAGCAAUGAGCUGUGGUUGGAGAUUCCUCAUAUUACAUCCAGGGAGACUGGAGACUAUCAGUGUGUGGCAGAGAAUGAACAUGGAGCAGUGGAGGGCUCCAUUGCCAUCACUGUGCAAUACACCCCACGGAAUCUUGUGAUCACUUCUAUUCAUGUCAUUAAAGAUUCAUCCAUCAGUGUAAUUGAGGGGAAUUCCACAGUGAUAAUCUGCUCUGUCGAGAGCUCCCCUGCUUCCAACCUGACAUGGAAACAUCUUAAUGUCACAGUGAACAGAACAAGUUCCAACAAUGAGCUGUGGUUGCAGAUUCCUCACAUUACGUACAAGGCGACUGGAGACUAUCAGUGUGUGGCAGAGAAUGAACAUGGAACAGUGGAGGGCUCCAUUACCAUCACGGUAAAAAGUCGAAAUUUCAGUGCUUGGAAAACAGGAUUGCUUGGAGCUGGAAUCAUUUUGAUUGUCGGACUGAGUGGAUUCGUCACCUUCAAGUGUGUGAGAAAAGUGAAAAGCAGAGAAAGAAGUCAAAUAGACAUCAGAGGGGAGCAGUCUGAUAAGUCCAGGGAGAGAAAGAAGAUGAAACAAGAAAAUGAAGCUAAAUAUGCUGUCAGUGCAUGCCAAGGUCCUAAUUAUGAAAACUGUGAGCUUGAUUUGGUUUUUAGAAGUCACAAGAGGAAAGUUGAAGAAGUGAAAUCAAAUCAUAAUGUCCAUGUGCACCAAAAAGAUGACGUCUACGCAAACUGCAAUUUUAAGGACGAGGCUGUGUAUGCGAAUGUCUAAACUAAAUAAGAUUGAGAAAUAUUCAGCAUGGGGACAACACAGAUUGAGGGAAUAUUUUUAAACUCCAACUUAUUUUCUAAAAUCCACAGGAAUCAUUCCCAAGAAGUACUUUGAAAUUUUUCAUUGUCAUGUGCUGGCGUUUCUCAGAGGUGAUGUGUCAGAGUUGAGUGAUGAGGUGUCCAAGAUGUGUUGGUCUGGAUUUCAUUUCAAACAUCCUUCUUCUACAUUAUCUCCAACAGCAAGGAAUGUCCUUCUGUCCGUUGGGAUUGUCAAUGUCUUUCGAUCUUGAUCUAACUUCUGCCAAGAUUGAACAGACGUAUUCAACUCUGCGCCAGUUCCCUUCCUUGCACUCAUCCACUGGGUCAACGUUCCUUGAACCCUCACCUCCGCCCUAGCCCAGAACUGCCAUUUCCGCCCACUUUCUGUUCUACCACCUCUCAUGCUCUCUCCAAGUUCACAACUGUCUCCUUUUCCCUCUAUCCAGUUUCCACUAAACGUUGAUCACCCAACAUUCCCUCCUGGCUCUCAUGUGAGCCAACGUUGUGAUGGUUCACUCUCUUCAGUAACUGGUCCCCUCUCUCUUUGAAGUCUCCCACCCACACCGUUCCCCUCCAAAAAUGACCCUUCACUCCUUAAACCCCCUGCUUCAGAUGCUCAGAAAACCCAAUCUCUUUGAUCAAACUCUUAUCCACCAGUAUUAAACCACAAUCCCUUGCCCAAUUCUAACCAAGGCAGACUUACAUUUGUGUAGCACCUUGGACCACUGCAGAACUUUUCAAAAGCGCUUCAGUGAAUUAAGUAGUUUUGAAGUGCUGCCAUCUUUGCAACGUAAGAUUCCAUAAAACAUCAUGCGAUUGUGAGACAUAAAGUUUGCUUUUAUUGAUGCUGAUUGGGAAAUUGGGUCGCAGGACAUUGGGAAGAUGAACACUUGCUCCUUUUCCAAAUAUCGCCAUGGGAUUUCCCACAUCCACUUGAGCAGCCCUCCCUCAGCACUGACCCUUUGACAAUGUGGCAGUCCCUCAGCACAGACCCUCCGAUAGUGCGGCGCUCCCUCAGCACCGACCCUCUGACAAUGUGCCGAUCAUUCAGCAUCGACCCUCUGACAAUGCAGCACUCCCUCAGCAUUGACCCUUUGACAAUUCGGCAGUUCCCUCAGUGCUGACUCUCUGGCAAUACAGCGCCCCCUUAGUACUGACACUCUGACGGUGUGGCACUUCCUCAGCACUGAUCCUCUGACAAUGCAGUGCUCCUUCAGUACCGGCCCUCUGAUAGUGCAGCAUCCCUUCGAUGCUGACCCUCUGACUGUGGUACUCCCUCAGUACUGACCUCUGACAGUGCAGCACUUCCUCAUUACUGACCCUUCAACAUUACUGCCUCAAUACUGAUCCUUUGACAUUGUGGCACCCCCUCAGUUUUGACUCUUCAGCAAUGCAGGACUCCCUCAGUAGUGUUCCUCCGACAUGUUGGCACUCCCUCAGCGCUGAUGGUCCAGCAGUGCAUUAGUCCCUCAGUACUACCCUCAGACAGUGCAGCACUCCCUCAGUACUGAUCCUCUGCAACAUUCCGUCAGUACUGAUGCUCGGACAGUGCAACAGUCUCUGAGUUUUGACACUUUAAUAGUGCAGCAUGCACUCUCUACCACAUGGAAAUUUGAACUGGAUUAAUUUUGAUGGAUGAUGCACUUUUUGAUGUGUAAUUAUAUUUGGAUCUUUUCUAAGUGUGGGUUCCGGCUGCUGUUGUAUUUGAAUCAAUUUUCAUUUUGUUGUACAUGAUGAAAAUAGUUCUCUCAACAAAACCCAAAGAAAGCAGGGUCAGAUCAGAAUUAGACCAUGUCAGUAUAAUGUCCUCACCACUUUCUUGUCCAGCAGUCUUAUCAUAUUUCCAUAUGAUAGUCCCAAUUUUGUAUUGUCAGCUUUGGUCGUACAGUCAAAAAAACAGUAACCUCGAAACAGGAAGAUGAUAUGAUUUGUGAAGUUGGGAGACUCUGUACAGCAUAGGCUGAGGAAUUGGGAGAUGUGAAUCACAGAUCAUACAGAACCAACAUUGGAAAAAGGGUAUUAUUACAAUAUGACCUGUUUACAUUGACAUUAUCAUUGCAAUACUGAAGAGCAGGAGAAAGUGAGGACUGCAGUUGCUGGAGAUCAGACUCGAAAAGUGUGAUGCUGGAAAAACACAGCAGUUCAGGCAGCAUUCAAGGAGCAGGAGAAUCAACAUUUUGGGCAUAAGCCCUUCA